AGAAAGAACAUGGCUCCUGAGCAAGGAGAAUCGAGGUCUCAGGUGCCAGUGACAUUUGAAGAUGUGGCCGUGCUCUUUACUCGGGAUGAGUGGAAGAAGCUGGAUCCCUCCCAGAGAAGCCUGUACCGCGAGGUGAUGCUGGAGAACUACAGCAACCUGGCCUCGCUGGCAGGAUUCCCAUUCGCCAAACCAAAAGUGAUCGCCCUGCUGCAGCAAGGAGAGGAUCCCUGGAAAGUGGAGAAAGAAGGUCCUGGAGGCUUCUCUCUCGGAUUGAAGUGUAAUUACAGAACCACUAAAUCAACUCAAACGCAAGACUCUUCAUUUCAGGAGCUGAUUAUGAGAAAAUCUAAAAGAAAUGAACCUUUGAACAUGAAGUCAGAAAAACUUUUCAUAUUUGAAGGUAAAUUAGAAGAAAAGCAAGAAUUGACUAUAGAAAGAAACUGUAAAAACAAUGAAUUUAGCCCAAAGUCCCACAGAGAAAAAAGAUCCCCAGAAUGUGAAAAACAAAACACUUUCAAGCCGAUAUCAUAUUUAUCUGAUCAACCAGACAUCACACCUGACAAACGCUAUAAGUGUAGUUUGUGUGAGAAAACUUUCAUCAACACCUCAUCCCUUCGUAAACAUGAAAAAAACCAUAGUGGAGAGAAAUUAUUUAAAUGCAAAGAGUGUUCAAAAGCCUUUAGCCAAAGUUCAGCCCUUAUUCAACAUCAAAUAACUCAUACUGGAGAGAAACCCUACAUAUGUAAAGAAUGUGGGAAAGCCUUUACUCUCAGUACCUCCCUUUAUAAACACCUAAGAACCCACACUGUAGAAAAAUCCUACAGAUGUAAGGAAUGUGGCAAAUCCUUUGGCCGAAGGUCGUGUCUUUUUUUGCAUCAAAAAAUCCAUGCCCAAGAAAAUCCUCAUAAAUAUAACCCAGGUAGGAAAGCAUUCACUUCCCUUUCAGGAUGCCAGAGAAUUCAUUCCAGAAAAAAGACCUACGUGUGCAAUGAAUGUGGCAACACCUUUAAGUCUAGCUCAUCCCUCCGUUAUCAUCAGAGAAUCCACACUGGAGAGAAACCUUUCAAGUGUAGCGAAUGUGGCAGAGCCUUCAGUCAGAGUGCAUCUCUGAUUCAACACGAAAGAAUCCACACGGGAGAAAAGCCCUACAGAUGUAAUGAAUGCGGGAAAGGCUUCACUUCUAUCUCAAGGCUCAAUAGACACCGAAUAAUUCAUACAGGAGAGAAGUUUUAUAACUGCAGUGAGUGUGGCAAAGCCUUAAGUUCCCAUUCAACUCUCAUCAUUCAUGAGAGAAUUCACACCGGAGAGAAACCAUGUAAAUGCAAGGUUUGUGGGAAAGCCUUCAGACAGAGUUCAGCUCUGAUCCAGCAUCAGAGAAUGCACACUGGAGAAAGACCCUAUAAAUGUACCGAGUGUGGGAAAACGUUCAGGUGUAACUCGUCCCUGAGUAACCACCAGCGAAUCCACACUGGAGAGAAACCUUAUCGAUGCCAGGAAUGUGGGAUGUCCUUUGGCCAAAGUUCAGCUCUUAUUCAGCACCGAAGGAUUCACACAGGAGAGAAGCCCUUUGAGUGUAGCACGUGUGGGAAAACCUUCAGGCAAAGCUCGUCACGCAUUGCACAUCAGCGAAUUCAUACUGGAGAGAAGCCCUAUGAGUGUAACACAUGUGGGAAACUUUUCAACCAUAGGUCAUCCCUUACCAAUCAUUUUAAAAUUCAUGUGGAUGAGGACCCGUAAAAAAUAAAUUUGCAUGUGUAACAGCCUGAAACCAAAGCUCUUCAGAGAAUAUGUGCUUGAGAGAUGUAAGGAACUCAACAAAUAUAGGAGGGAAACCUAUACUUGUUAUCAGUUAAAUUCCAUGGAUAAAUUUUGUCUAACAGGUAAGAGGAAAGUAUUCGUGCCUGCCCAACACUUUAAAAAAGUACU